AAUAAUUGUGGACAUUGACCUCAAAGCAGCUAUGAACGUCUCCAAAAAGCUGACCAACCAAAGUGUCAAUAUUCUGGCGACAAAAAUUCAAGAUGGUUUCAAGAAUGAGCGUCUAUUGACAUACUAUCAACCACCAGUCCCAAAGAGUUAAUCAAGAACGAAGAAUUCGAUUUCUCAAAAGGACAAACUCCCCUGAAAGUCCAGAAAUAUUACGAAAAAGUUGAAAAGAUACGAGGCUGAUGAGCCUACAAAAAAGUAUCAUUAUUACUGCAGAUGCUGAGGCUCAAAAACUUGGCUUCAAGUUCAUGUUGUACCUUGGAGUGAAGUGCUGCAACACUGGGAACUUUCAAGGUAAAAGGAUCAUCACUGGACAAUGUCGGUCCGAUUCUGAGCUCAUUCUUCUGGGGCUACACUGUGAUGCAGAUACCAUCAGGCCACCUAGCUAGAAUAUGGAGUGCCAAAAUGGUCUUCGCAAUUGGUGUAAUGUUGAAUGGGAUUGGCUGUAUGCUGUGCCCCAUUUUCUUCGAUGAAGGAGGCUGGAUAUACCUUUGCAUAUGUAGAGUUGUCAUGGGACUCAGUCAAGCUUGCUGUCUGCCCUGUAUUCACACUCUACUGUCCAAAUGGGUGCCUACAAGCGAACGUGGACGUCUAUGUACUCUGACCUAUGCGGGAGCACAGUUUGGCACAGUUAUUUCAUAUCCCAUAUCUGGAGCUAUGAUAGAAGCUAUCGGAUGGAGGAGUGUUUUCUAUUCUUUUGGAGCUACUGCCGUAAGUUGGUCAUUACUCUUCUACGUUUUCGGCUCUGAUUCACCAGCUUCAUCAGCCCAGAGGUCUUUCUGUGGUAUUAGCGAUACUGAGAAAACAUGGAUUGAAAAUGCUCUUGGACUUCAUCGUACUGGACAUCUAAUGGAACAAAAACAGAUUCGCACGCCUUGGAAGGCAAUAUUGAUGAGUCUACCAUUUUGGUCACUAGUAGCGGCACAUUGUGGUCAGAAUUGGGGUUUUUGGACAUUAAUAACAGAGACAAGUAUUUACAUGAAUGGAGUGCUUAACUUUGAUAUCACCGAGAAUGGACUUAAAUCAGCACUUCCAUACGUUGCAAUGUUGGCACUGACAUUCCCCGUUAGUUGGUUGUCUGAUUGGGCGCAGACAAAGGGAUUAUCACGUGGAGCAUCACGAAAAAUUUGUAAUACAAUUGGCCAUUGGGGACCGGGGCUUGCCCUCAUUGGUAUCUGCUUUGUACCAUCUGGAGAUACAACACUACCAGUCGUACUCUUAGUUAUCGCUGGGGGAUUGAACGUCGGUGCUAUCUGCGGAUUCCAAAUUAAUCACAUGGAUCUUAGUCCCAAGUACGCUGGAUUACUGAUGGCCUGCACGAACUGCGCUGCGGCAAUUGUUGCCCUCUUAGCACCGCUCAUUGUUGGAGAAAUCGUCACAGAUCAGACGAACGCCAACCAGUGGAAGAUUGUUUUUUACCUAUCCGGGGGUAUUUAUUUCUUCGGAAAUUUGAUGUUUAUCGUAUUCGGUAGUGGAGACACGCAGUGGUGGGAUGACGUUGAAAAUAUUAAACAGUACAGUGAUGAAAUGAUUAUGCAUCGACGAUCGCCAUCAGCUGCUGCCGAAGACAUUUUGAUUUCUUAGCAAUUACCUCUCACUGAAAAUCAUUCAUUUGUUUAAGAGUACUGUACUGUGAUAUUCAAGAAGAUUAUUGUUGAUGGAACGUAUUUUAUUAUGAUGUUGUUAAUGAAAUAUUGUACAGUUAAAAUAAAGCACUUUGUGAUGGAAACUUA